AGCGGGAGUGUGACUGAUAUACGUACCGGUCGGGUAAGGAGGGGGCCGGAGAGCUUUGCAAGUUCUGCGACGGAGUGGGGACCUUGCAGGUUCUGUGGCGUUGUCCGUCAACUCUCUUCAUCGAACACAACAGAUUACUGCCGACAUGUGGAGAGGCGGGAAGGCAUGCAAGCCCCCGAACAAUGUGGGGAUCUUUGUCAGUUUCGAAUCGUUGGCAUCGUCUACGAAGCAAGGCCAUGCCUGAGCGAUCGGGCCAGGCUGCGAGAUAUACGCAAAUUUGGCAACUCAGCCUUCUUGACCAAUCAUCAAAACCAAAGGCGAAAUGCGCGGAUUGCGCGCAGUACAUUGGGGAGGCAGCUGUCCAUCUCCAUCGGAGUGGGGAUCUGCACAGUCUCGCGGCUUCCUUUGCCUCGACCAAACAGAAGGCCAAGGCACUGAUGCGCACCGAGUGGGAGGGGCGGGUAUGCACGUCGGACAGAGUGGAGUUCCAACUUUCGCCCGCCCUCCCGACCACCGAGGAGACGUACCUUGCGGUACUUCCGCUGUCUCUGGAUCGACACACGGACAGGAGAACGCGACACUUACCCUUGUGCUGCUGCAUGUGCAACCACCAACACCGCUCGAGUUGCUUUCACGCGCCCUCAUCACCCGUCCACCGUCAGUGCUCCUGGAAUCGCGUCCAGAACAGACGGCGCUCUGAUGAGCUUGUACCCGUCCGCGCCAAUCUGCAGCAGCGGAUGAGUUCCGACGACCCGCGCCAUCAAUCUCCUCGUCAUCACAGAAACGCGACGUACCUUCCCGCAGCUCCGCCCUGCCUCUCCAGUAGUGGGCUCAGGAGGGCGGAUAUGGGCCCCUGGUCGACUCCAUAUCUCCUCGUUCCUGCGUCCGCGUCUGCACCUCGGGCGCGUCUAGUCGCCACGACAUGCUUUUGUUCAGUGCCAAUGGCGUUGGUCUUGGGCAUGGUCGCGAAGACACUUGACUGGUGGAUUCACGCCGUUGUCUAAUCUCGGCGAGCCGCUUGGGUGAAUCAUAUCGAGAGGGUUGAUGGAUAAAGAUAUAUAGGUUGACAGCGCCGUUUUGACGCGUCUAAUCUCCACCAUCUAUGCCGGGGCACAAGCAAAUGCAACUGUCGACGAAGAACUGGGGCAGGCAUUCUCCGAAUCAAAUUAUAAGGGU